AAAGUUGAGGGACCAUGUCAAAUGUCGCUCUUUCCCCGUUAAACGUAACGCAAAACCGCAUGCAAGUGUGCGUGCGGCGUACUGUAAGUAGAUUCGAGCGCCGCGCUGCGUUGAUUGGUUCAACCAAUUCCCCGACUACAUGUCCUCGGAUAACGUUGAGAGUGUGACAAUCAUGAAAACAGAAAGUCUACAAGCCAUGUGUUCAUUCUGCCAGUGGUAUCCACUGUUUAGCAAAAAUGCUCUGGAAGCGAUAGUGCUCCCAGUGCCCAAGAACGUGUGCGAUUACCUCGAGCAUGAUGCGUUUAUAUUACCCUCGGAGGCGACUAGUAAGAUUACAUACAGUAAUUCGGAAUGGUCGGAUGGCUCUGCCGUCAACGAGCUUGAAGAGGACUCCGACUUUCAACCAACAUUUCCAGAUUUCAGUAGGCGAGUACAGGAGGUAAUAGAUAAAUUUGAAGCAGUUUUCAUCAAAUCUAAUUGGAGCGCUCCCACAGAUUCUACAUGGGUGACACCAACAAAAACUUUAAAGUGUACUUCUUUAGAAGAUGUUUAUUUACUUUUAAAGAGCUCCGAUCGAAUAUCCCAGGAUUUGAGCUUUGCAAAGAAUUGUAAUAACAAGGAGAACUUUAUAGCUCCGUGCUUAGUAUUAAAAAGGUGGCAAGACGUAGAUCCUUGCACAGAGUUUCGUUGCUUUAUUGUAAAUGGCGAACUAGCUGGAAUUUCUCAAAGAGAUAUUUUUCAGUACUAUAGGCACAUAGAAAAUGAAAAGUAUGAUAUACAAAAAGAUAUUAAGAGUAUGUUUAUGGAAAAAGUAAAGGAUAAAUAUCCAGCUAAUAACUAUACAUUUGAUGUAAUCAGAUAUAAAAAGGAUAAAGUAAAAAUAGUUGAUUUUGGACUGUUAAACAAGUCUGUCACAGAAGGUACCUUAUUCACUUUGCAAGAAUUACAAACUGACAUACCAGAAGCGCCAGAGUUCCGAUUUAUUGCCGAAGACAUGGGGAUUCAACCAAAGACAACGACCCACCUUUGCGUACCACGCGAAGUAAAUGAAUUUUUUCAAGCUACUGGAGGAAUGUCAAUGAUCGAUGCCAUACAAAAGGAAGUCCAGGAUCAAGGAAAGGAGGAAAAUGCGAGUAUUAGUUAGUCUGGAAAUUGUUUUAGCAAAAAAAAAAAAAAAAUCUGAAUUAAAUACAGAACUUUCAUUUUUAUUCUGCCAAUACCCUCUUGUUUUUCUAUUAUUACAUUACAUAAAACGAUUAAACACUAUAUUCUAUCGCUUGAAAGAAUUAUCAUGUAAUAUUGCAAUAUUCAUCGAGCCGUCGAUCUCAAUUAAUUUUUUCUUUGUUUACUGAGCGACG